ACCCUUCGAUUCCAGGGAGGAUCGUCGCCGCCAUUUUUUCCCCAAACGUAGUUGCUCCUCCAUUUCUGAACUGUCUUCAAUCUCCGUCUUCCAACCACUCCGCAGGGCGUGACCUGAGAUCAGAAACCCUAAAUCAGGGUACUUCAAUAAUUACAUCUAAACCAUGUGGCGGAGACUUGUCUCUUCUCACCUCAAAUCCCUAGCUACACUCUCUGCUCCUCCUUCCCGAUCUGCUCCCAUCGCUGCCCGAUUCACUCUCCACAAUUCUUCCUGUCUUUCUCCAUCGUCCUAUUUCCUCAGCCGCCACUUCAGCACCGAGUCUGUAGGGGAUAAUGUGGUUAAAAAGAAGGUUGAGGAUGUAAUGCCUAUUGCUACUGGGCAUGAGCGCGAGGAGCUUGAGGCCGAGCUUGAGGGAAAGAAGCUUCUUGAUAUAGACUAUCCCGAGGGUCCUUUUGGGACAAAGGAAGCACCUGCUGUUGUAAAGUCUUACUAUGACAAGAGAAUAGUUGGAUGCCCAGGAGGUGAAGGUGAGGAUGAGCAUGAUGUAGUCUGGUUUUGGCUGGAGAAAGACAAGCCUCAUGAAUGUCCAGUUUGCUCUCAGUAUUUUGUGCUUGAAGUGGUGGGACCUGGUGGACCACCUGAUGGUCAUGGCGAUGAUGAAGACGAACACCAUUGAUAUCGUCGUGCAAAUUUCGCUGUGGAAUAAAUUCUGGAACGAUGGAGACACAAUGUUUAGCAUACUUGGAAAGCCUUUAAAAAUCUUGAGGCUUUCAUGUUUUUUGUUUGUUUGUUUUUUAUUGGUCUAUACCCUCUGUGAUCUGUCAACUUUUGAGAGAGAGGCUUUCUGUGAUUAUUCAGACACAGGCUGGUGCUAUCAGGUCGUAUUAGAUGAUCAUUUGUGCGGUGCCAAAUAAUUGAUAGCAACUCAAUUCCAUUUGAAUUUUCGAACCUUCAGCUGCUUGUCACCUAAAUUACGAAAGGAGCGAGAGGGAAUCAUUUUCAAGUGAAGCUGUCAGCGUAAGUUAUCAAUUUUUUUCAAUAUAAAAAAAGGAAUUAUUGAUUCGGA